AUGUGCUCUGUCCACGGGAUGAAUGAGGGCAAGUUCGCGCUUUCCUGCUCUUGGGAUCGGACUGUGAAGCUUUGGGACCUGGACCCUGAUGACGAUGACCCUCUCAUUCGCACCUUCAUAGGCCACAAGCACCAGGUGAAUGGUGUCGCGUGGUCCCCUGACCACCGCAUCAUCAUCACGGCCUCUUGCGACAGGCAUCUGAAACUCUGGAAUAAUCUGGGGGAGUGCAAGUAUACGUUUCAUUGUGAUGAAGGUCACAAUGACUGGACCUCAGCCGUGGCCUUCGGAGACUGCUUUGCCCUGUCUGCGGGUUGGGACGGGGUGGUGAAGUUGUGGAACAGCAAGACGAUGAAGAUGGAGUGGGAGAUGAAGUGCCACACAGCCCCUGUCCACGCACUGGCCCUGUCUCCGGAGGAUGUCUUUUUCGCCUCUGGCGGCGCGGACCGCACGGUGCUGGUUACCAGCCCCAAGGAUCGGAAAGUCAUUCACGGCUUCGAUGUGAGCGGCAUCAUCCGAUCAUUGGACUUCCAUCCGCACCUCCAAUGGCUGGCAGCAAUGAUCGAGUCACCUGGGGCUGCUGUCUGGGUCUUCGAUGUGGAAAACCGGGCCAGCGUCGCCACACUGACUGUUCAGGACAGCCCUGCUCAUGGCCUUUCUGUGGCCUGGGAACCUCAGGGCCAGCGCGUUUUUGGCGGCUUCUCAGAUGGUGCCAUUCAUGUCUGGCGGAUGAAGGCUUGA